AACGCGAACCAGAACAUGGGAGUUUACUACGACUCCAUGCAGCUGACGGUUUACUACCAGGACCAGAGCAUCGGCGGUUCGCCCCUGUCGAACCCGUUCUACCAGGAGCCGAAGAAGACGGCGGUGUUCGCCGGAACCCUCGGCGGCGCCGCCCUGACGGUGACCGGCCAGCGGUGGCAGCAGUUCAUGGCGGACAAGGCCCGCGGCGAGGUUGUUUUCCGGCUGGAGGUUGCGUCGACGAUCCGGUUCAAGAUAUCGACUUGGGAUAGCAAGCGGCAUAAGAUGCACGCGAAUUGCCCGGUCGGAGUUGGACCGGACGGUUUGAUCUUGCCGAGUUAUAAAGACCGGAGGUGCCCGGUUUACUUCAGCUAAUUGGUCAUUAGCAUGUGUUAAAUAUAAAUAUAAUAUAUAUAGUUUCUAAAUUUCCUUUUGUUGGGUGUGGAUUGAUUUUUGUUUUCAAUAUAUAAAAUCGCAAUUUUUUUUUUU